CUUCCGUUGAUUGUUACGCCAUUAAUUCUUUACCAGAUGGUGUCACUGUUCCUCGGCAGGCUGCAGGCCAAGAUCUGGCCAGAGCCUCUUCCCUCUCCGGGAUCCUUUGAGGGCCAAACAGUCCUCGUCACAGGAGCAACGGCUGGUCUUGGUCUGGCUGCGGCAGUGCACUUUGCCAGGCUGGGGGCGCGGGUGAUUUUGACGUCCCGGACCGCAGCUCGAGGCGAUUGCGCCAGACAGCACGUCGAGGACGCUGCUGGGAUUGCUGGCCAAGGCAAGGUCCAUGUCGUCGAAUUGGAUAUGACGCGGUACUCCUCGUGUGUGUCGUUCUUGGGCCGGUUGAAGCAGAACGAUGCAGCAAAGUCCGGCCUAGACGUAGCUGUUUUGAAUGCCGGGGUCAUCAAUGCCGACUAUGUUCGCAGUCCUGAAGGCUGGGAGGAGGCGAUCCAAGUGAACACUCUCAGCACUACCCUUCUCGGACUUUUGCUGUUGCCAUGGAUGAAACAGACUGGUCUGGGUCGAGAAAAGAUACCUCAUCUGGUUUUUGUCACUUCUCGUGAUCAUCUGGAUCCGGACAUUACAACAUGGGCGGAGUGGCCAGAGGCUCAUGGCGGGAUCCUGAGACAUCUCAGCGACGCAGAGAACUGGCCCUCUGACUAUCUACAGCCAAACUAUGCUGCUAGCAAACUCAUGCUUACCUACGCCGUGGAAGAGAUUUCCAAACGAGCCACCGGACAGGAUGGAACGUUGCAAGUCAUUGUGAAUAGCGUGUGUCCAGGCCUGGUAUCCACCGACCUUCCACGUUCUUUAGUUCAAAGAUCGUGGAGGGUCAGGGCCUUGGUGUUUAUUUAUCUAGGCUGCCUGGGCAAAUCCGCAGACUACGGUGCUAGGCUCUAUGUUAGGGCAGCGCUCACACCGAGAGAAGACCAUGGCAAAUAUAUACAAUCGCUGUUCUCAGAUGAAGAGUACCGCAGAGUGGCGAUUCCGAAUCUGAAGAGCCAAACUGCCAUUAAGGUCAAGGCUCAAGUGUGGAACGAGAUCUUGGGAGACCUACUACAGAAGGUCCCUGCUUUGGAAGACUUGCGUUGAACGGUUUGACUCGAGCUCUGCGGACACAUUGUGCUAUCUCAGAUGACUUGCCACCUUUGUCAAAUGCGCAGGCUGUCUUCAAUCCGGUACGAUAGCCAGGCUGGACCACUCAAUGCAACAACUGCCAAGUCGUCAU